AUAUUUUGAAUAAUACUUUAAGUUAACCAGUAUUUUCAAAAGCUGAACCCCGCCCCCUGCCCAUACUUUUUUCAUUCCUAGGUAUGUGGUCUGCAAAAUCCCCUUUCUGAAAGAUUCAUAUCAGCACUGAGAAGACAAUUUCUCUUACUCCCAAUCUAAAGUUAUUUAUGUUACAUCUUCAUUUGUUCUACAUAGCAUUUUUAAAAAGAUUUAUUUUUUAUUUGAAUGGCAUAGUUACAGAGAGAGAGAGAUUUUCUACUGGUUCACUUGCCAAAUGGCCUUUAAGGCUGGGCUAGCCAGGAUGAAGCCAGACGCUAGAAACUUCAUCCCAUGUGGGUGCAGAGGUCCAAACCCUUGGUUCUUCCGCGGUACAUAGCGUAUUUUACUUUCACCAAAAUCAAAGACAUUAACUAAGUUAAUUUUUCAUUUUACUAUUUCUUUUUUUAAGUUUUUUUUAUUUGAAAGGCAGAGUGACAGAGAGAGAGGGAGAGAAUCCAGUGGUUCACUUCCCAGAUGACUGUAACAUCCAGGGUUGGGCCAGGUCAGGGGCAAGAGCCAGGAACCCCAUCCUAGUUUCCCACAUGAAUGGCAGAGAGAUGGCACUGUGAUAUGGGAUGCAGGCGUUCCAAGCAGUGACUUAACCUGCUGCUGAGUAACACCUGCCCCAUGAUUUUACUGUUUCUUUUUUUAGAAAAAGAUUUAUGUAUUAAUUUAUUUGAAAGGCAGAGAGAGAGAGAGAAGAGAGACAGAGAUAGAGAUAUCAUCCAUCUGCUGGUUUACUCCCCAGAUGCCUUUAACAGCCAGGGAUGAACCAGACUGAGGCCAGGAGCCUGGAACUCUAUCUGGGUCUCCCAUAUGGGUGGCAGGGUCUCAGGUACUUGAGACAUCAUCCUCUGCUUUCCUAGGCACACUCCAAAGUAGAGCAGCUAGACUCACUGUACUCUGUCUGAUACGGGAUUGGGCAUUCCAAGUGGUGGCCUAACCUGUAGUGCUGUAGUUCCUACCCUGAUUUUGCUAUUUCUUAGCAUGGUUUGUUUCUAUUUCUACUUCAGGCAUUCUCCUUUAAUUACUUCCCCCUCCCCCAUGCUGCACCAGGCAGCUUUGCCUGGAAAAAAAACAAGCCCAAGUUGAAUUAAUGCCCUAUUUUCAUAACUUUUCCAUUUUCAUUCUGUGUCAUUUUGUUUGACAUUAUAGGAAUUUCUUCAUUUUGUCUGCUGAUUAACAUUAAAAUUUCAGCCAUCAUAUUUUCUGUUUCAAAGAUCUUUCUUGCUUUCUCUUUGUCUUCUGCAUAUAGCCCUUCAAGAGAUGUUUGGUGAUUUUUGUUGUCCACUUGUAUUUAAGAAUGAAGCACUAAAUGCCAAGCUCCUGUUGGUAGAAUUUACUGAUUGUGAGGCCUUCCCAUAGGUUGAAUUGCUGGAUGAGAAAGAAAGUCGACGUUUGUUUCAACAAAUCCUUUCUGGGGUGGAUUAUUGUCACAGGCAUAUGGUGGUCCAUAGAGAUUUGAAACCUGAAAAUGUCCUGCUUGAUGCACACAUGAAUGCAAAGAUAGCUGAUUUUGGUCUUUCAAACAUGAUGUCAGAUGGUGAAUUUUUAAGAACAAGUUGUGGCUCACCCAACUAUGCUGCACCAGAAGUAAUUUCUGGAAGAUUGUAUGCAGGCCCAGAAGUAGACAUAUGGAGCAGUGGUGUUAUUCUCUAUGCUUUAUUAUGUGGAACUCUUCCAUUUGAUGAUGAUCAUGUGCCAACUCUUUUUAAGAAGAUAUGUGAUGGGAUCUUUUAUACUCCUCAGUAUUUAAAUUCUUCGGUGAUUAGCCUUCUGAAACACAUGCUGCAGGUGGAUCCCAUGAAGAGGGCCACCAUCAAAGAUAUCAGGGAACAUGAAUGGUUUAAACAAGACCUUCCAAAAUAUCUCUUUCCUGAGGAUCCGUCAUAUAGUUCAACCAUGAUUGAUGAUGAAGCCUUAAAAGAAGUCUGUGAAAAGUUUGAAUGCUCAGAAGAAGAGGUUCUCAGCUGCCUUUAUAACAGAAAUCAUCAGGACCCGCUGGCAGUUGCGUACCACCUCAUAAUAGAUAACAGGAGAAUAAUGAAUGAAGCCAAAGAUUUCUACUUGGCAACAAGCCCACCUGAUUCUUUUCUUGAUGAUCAUCAUUUAACUCGGCCCCAUCCUGAAAGAGUACCAUUUUUGGUUGCUGAAACACCAAGGGCACGCCAUACCCUUGAUGAAUUAAAUCCACAGAAAUCCAAACACCAAGGUGUAAGGAAAGCAAAAUGGCAUUUGGGAAUUAGAAGUCAAAGUCGACCAAAUGAUAUCAUGGCAGAAGUAUGUAGAGCAAUUAAACAAUUAGAUUAUGAAUGGAAGGUUGUUAACCCCUAUUAUUUGCGUGUACGAAGAAAGAAUCCUGUGACUAGCACAUAUUCCAAAAUGAGUCUACAGUUAUACCAAGUGGAUAGUAGAACUUACUUACUGGAUUUCCGUAGUAUUGAUGAUGAAAUUACAGAAGCCAAAUCAGGGACAGCUACUCCACAGAGAUCGGGAUCAAUUAGCAACUAUCGACCUUGCCAACGGAAUGAUUCAGAUGCCGAGGCUCAAGGAAAAUCCUCAGAAGUUUCUCUUACCUCAUCUGUGACCUCACUUGACUCUUCUACUGUUGACUUAACUCCAAGACCUGGGAGUCACACAAUAGAGUUUUUUGAGAUGUGUGCAAAUCUAAUCAAAAUACUUGCACAGUGAAUCUAAAACUUUGCUUAUUUCUUUGAUAGCAAUAAGCAUGCAUAAUAAAUAACAGCCAAAUGCUUCCAUUUGCAAUCAAGUUAUACAUAAUUCUGAGGAUUAGCCUUUUAGAAUGCAAUUUGCACAGGGAUCGGAACAUGAUUAAUAGUUUAAAGCCUAAUGUGCAGAAAUGAAUUAAGAUAAUUUUGUUGUUUAUUGUUCGUUAGGCAUCUGGCAUAAUAUACACACAGUGAAUUAUAGGUCUCAGGCUCACUUGAUUUUUUGCUAUUUUAUAUUUAGUGUACACAGGACUUUGCAGAAUAUUAAUUUACCAUAAAGGCCUUCAUGUGUUAUUACAUGUUUAUAUGUUAUAUUUACUUCAUAAGUUCAUUCAAUAAAUAUUUGCCUAAAUUCCCAGAGACCAUUAUAGGUGAUUUUGUUUAAUGAGCCUAACUUCUUAAAUAGCUAGUAUCUUCCAGUAAGUAGUAACAAUCUGGAUAACUUCUUCCAUAUUUACCUUUUAAAAUUCUGUACUAUGUCAUAAGUCAUAUCAGAUAUUAGACUCAAUUUAAAUUUUUUCUUUAGCUUGGUAAGUACAAAAUUACAAAGAAUUUAUAUAUUCAGGUACUCUAGGCACUAUGUUUAAUCUUACAAUUUGCCCUGCUAUAUUCUGUAUAUAAAGUGCUCUUUUUCUUUCAAGAGCUGGGUUGCAUAUACUGUAAAUAAAUAAUGUUGUUUUUGCCAAUUUCACAAAUUCCUCUGGCUCGUUAUGUCAGCCAGUAUUGAAUGUAUGCAAAAAUUUCUAGCCAUUUGAUUAUGUAGCUUUGAAAUUGAUUGAAUGCAUAGAAAAAUUAUUUCUCAUAAACUUUUAAAUAUUUUGAUCUGGCUUUUGUCCCCCAAUUUUAAUAUGACCAUUUUAAAAAAAUAGAAGCUGGAAGACUGUAGGGUGAUCACAUUUGUAUCUGCCACUUAAAUCGAACAGUUAUUAAUGUUUUGCCAUAUUUGCUUUCUUUAUAGCUAUAUGAGAAGGCUUCAGAAAGUUUAUGGAAAAAGGGAAUUAGAGAAUGUGAGUUUUGCAUGAACUUUUUGAAGCUCCCUCAUAUAUGUAUAGUAACAAAUAGGUAUGCAAAUCCAUGUGUGUAUUUAUAUACUUUUUUACCCUGAACCUUUGGGAUGUUACACAUUUAUCACUUCUAAAUACUUCAAGUAUCUCCUAAAAAUAAUGACAUUCUACUAAAAAUCCAUAAAACCAUUAAACUUAGUAAUUACUUAAUGGCAUCUAAAACUCAACCCAUAUUUAUAUUUCCCCGUUAGCCUUCCAGAUUUCUUUUAUAGCUUGGUAUUUUAAGCCAGCGUCCAGCUAGUUUACACAUUGCAUUUGGUUAUAGCUGUUUAGUAAUAUAGAACAUUAAUUGAUACAAGGUAGAACAAAUCAGUUCUAAAUGGUCACAUUUGUUUUAGGUUUUUAAAAAUUUCUUUGAGAGGCAGAGACAGUAAGGCAGAGAAUUUCAGUCUACAGGUUCAGUCUUCAAAUGCCCUCAGUAGUGGGGUUGGUCAGGUGGAAUCAGGAAUUUAGUGUUUGUUUUCCCACAUGGGUGCCAGGGAACCAACUAUUUAAGCUAUCACCCUCUGCCUCCCAGGUUCUUUAUUAGCAGAAAAAUGGAAAAGGAGCAGAGUGGGGAUUUGAACUGGAGCACUCAGAUAUGGGAUACGGGUGUCAACCACUAGGCCAGAUGCCUGCCCUGUUUUUUUUUUUUUUAAUUAGCAUUAUGCUGUUGAUGUUUAUUCUUCCUAAGAUCUAUGAUUUACAUUUAUAUUUUCUCUUAUUCACUUAGUUUAUAGCAUCAUAUAACAGGUAUAAUUGAUGACUAAAAGUUGCCUCAGAUAAAAAUGGUAUCAUGUGUAUGCUAAUAAAAAUGUAUAUUUACCCGUAUUUGCCUUAUAUUAUUAUUUAAACUUCAAGAAAUUUAUUCCUUUUUGAUAUUUAUCAGUUCCCCAUUGUAACAGAACUUUUUAAAGAAUCAUUGCGUUUUAGGAUUUCUUCUGGGCAAGUAACCAGAUACUAAUGUACUCAAAUAUCAUGUAACUUGUAUAAGUGGUUAUUGAAGUUAUAAAUUUGACUCCAGCAUCUCUAAAAUCAUGCACUGAGUUCAUAAGAGUAUUCUUGCUUCUUUUUCUUCAGGGCUUGUUGUAUUCGAUUUUGAAUUUGAAGUUAGUUAAACUGAAAGAAGUUCCAUUUUAAAUAUGAGUUCAAAAAUGUAUUUAUGACUUGUAUGUAGCUCUGUUUUGGGGAUAUUGAUAUCACUUAGGCUCUCAAAAUGCAGCAUUAUGUUCCUGAUAUUAACAACAGAAGACUGUAUUUUUAAAGUUACAGAAUUGUAUAUAGAACUAAGUAAUGUCUGUAAGCUGUUGUGGGGAGGGUGGGUAUAUAAAGAGGAAUGAGUUAAAUAGGAACUUCUAAAAAUUGUUAAUUUUGUAAACUUUGCUUCUUUUAUAAGUUAUUGUGAUUACUUUUAGUUACUGAGUUUUAUUUUGAAUAUUUAAAUAUUGCACUUGUACAAAUAGUAUAAAAAAUGCACAGACUAUUGCAGUAAAUUCUUUUUUAAGCUAGGAUAUUUGAAAUGACAAUGUUUGGUUAAGCGUGUCAAGAUUGAAAUAGAAUUUUCACAAAUUUAUUGUAGUUUGCAAAUUCUUACUAAUUUUGAAGAUGUAAAGGGAGUCAAUGCAGAUGAUUUUUAAUCUUUUUUAUUUUUUCAGGCAAUUUAUAUUUUUUGUGAUUUUAUGCAACCAUAUUUUUACUUUGUCUUGACAACUGAAAGAUAUAUGAGGUUCUUGCCAGAAAUGUACUGUAUACAUAGUUUUAAAUAUAACAGAUUUUACUGAUAUGUAAAAAUUUUGCCAUUAAAAUUGAUUUCUCACUGAAAGGAACUUUUCUACCAGGUUGGGGCAUAUGGGAGCUUAUAUAUCAUAUCUAAUUUAAAAUAAUUUCACUGAAACAAAUUCCAUUGCUUUUAUGUUGAUUAUAUCAUUUUCUUAAGAUGCUUUUAUACUUUUUCAGAGUUUUAGAUAAUUUUAUACAAAAUUCUUCCCACCCAUCCUUACACUGCUCUUUUUGAUCUUGCAGUAAUACCAUUUGCACUGAUUAAUGUUCUGUGGCCUGUGGCUAGAUGAACCCCAUGCAUCUCUGUUCCCACUGGCCCCUUUGGAAUGAAAAAAAAAAAAAAAGUGUGUUGUCUAAAUCUUUUUUUCCUUAACUCUUUCCCCCAUCUUCCCAACCACAACAGAAAUCUCAUUUUCAUUGUGAGUUCUGACACGAUGAAUGAAGUUCCACAUUCAACAUAACUAAACUGUAAGAAGGGUAGAAAUCAAUCUUUGUGGUUUAUGUUUUGAUUGGAGUAUACAAUUUCAAGUACCUUGACUUAGAUGGUAUAAUAAAGAUGAACUUCAUUUUUCA